AUGAUAUCCCCUCGCAAAGAAUCACCCCAUAAUGCCGGUGGAAAUACAGCGACCGCAUCCCCCCGCACCUCCACCGCAAUCCCCCUAAACGGCCUUUUCAUCAACGGCACCUGGCGCUGCAACUGUCCCAACCGUCCACCGGCGAUUAAGCUUCAGACGAAGAAUAAUGGUGUUAAUCAUGGGAGGUGGUUCUGGACAUGCCAACAACCACAACAGAACGCAACCCAACGAUGUAACUUCUUUCUCUGGGCGAGCGAUGCGGAAGUAAGAGAGAAGAUUGUUGUGCUUUCGAAUUCGAGAUGCAAGACGGAAACUUUCAACUCUGAAGCAGGGAUGGAUGCACCGACGACGCCAUCGAAGAGGUCGAGAAUGUCAUUCGGGGACAAGGGCGAUAAUGGGAAUGGGCUGUUGACGCCGCAGACGGAACACAAGACACGGGAUUUCUUCAUGCCGGUUUCUGGGACGAGGAGUGCGAGGAUGACAAUGAUGGAGGAGGAUGAUAAUGAGCUGUUCGAGGACGGCGAUGAUAUCGGUACUGGGAAAGGGAUGUCGUUUAUGGAUCGAUUGAAGCAAGUUCAAAGUGCGAAUUCUGAACAAAGCCCGCGAAAAGCUCCACGAAAGGCGACGAAUACUUCACCUGGGAAGCGGAAGAUAUCUGAUAUUGAUAAUGACGAACGUCUACAAACCCAACGACAAGGCCUAUUCGGGACGCCAUCGCGGCCACAAUUCUCCCCAAGCCAAGCACAAUCCUUCUCACCGACACAGCCCCUCACCCAAUGCUCUCCAUCAUUUUCAUGGACCCCGAACCGCGCUCCGCCCUCGUCCGCUGAAUUCUGCACAACACCUACACCUACGAAAUACAAGAACGUCCUCACCUCGUCGCCCUCUUCCUCUCAGACAGCACAGCAACCAUCUGACCUCGCGAAUCAAGCGAUAUCCCUCCUCGAAUCUCAAUACGUGAUAAUCCCCCGCUCGACACAGGAAGAUCUCGUUGAAUUGCUGAAUAAAUUCGACUUACGGAUGAAGGGGAUUAGCCGCGGGCGGGAUAUCUCACGAGAAGUGCUGAAGAAGAAAGAUGAGGAGAUUAUGAGGCUGAAUGAGAAGGUGAAGAAUUUGGAGAGACAGAGGGAGAUAGAUGGGGCUGUUUUGGGGGGUCGUUAA